AUGGUAUUAACAGAGGAUGUGACUCUCCCAGAGUUCAGCGAUUUGGAAACAGAUGAAGUGAAAUUGUCAACCGGAGCUCUUCUAACUGCAUCACCUUUCAUAGGGAAGCUAUGUGAGGGUGUCAACAAUGAGUUUAUACUUUGUCGCCAAGAGCUAAACGACCCGCGAGCAUGUCUGGAAGUCGGCAAACAAGUGACUGCAUGUGCUAAGGAAGUGCUUAGUCGAAUUCGGAAUGAGUGCUGCAAAGAAUUCAGUCAGUAUGCUAACUGCGUGGAUAAAAGCUCCAGAGACUACACGUUCAGGCACUGUCGUAAAACACAAGCCAUAUUCGAUAAUUGCAUGAGGAGGAGGCUAUGUUUGUUAAGGAACGAUUUUGGGUACUUCUGCCGUGGUCGUAUACACAAGAGUAGUUCGGAUCCGCCUGAGCCACCGCCCUGCCCAUGUCACCCGAAAGUUGAUGAUGCGACUCCUUCGUUGCCGGACUGUAAGCCUAGGAAGCCGGCGCGGUUUGGCGGUCGAUUGUAUUGGAGUAGCGACUGA